AUCCAAAACAUAAAAUACCAAAGAUGCCUCAGUCAUAUAAGACUCUGAAACAAGGGUUGUCCGCUGCGACGCAAUAUCUUCCCAGAUCAUUUUCUAUAGGAGUAUAUAUUUUUGUAUAUGCCCAUGUAGCUUCUGCCCCAUCUAGGGUUCCCCGGACAGGAGCAUGCCGAUCCUAUCUUCCAUGAGUACAAAGUCCUUUUCAAUCCAAGCACCACUAACAUCGUCUGCACGCGGCUACAGGCUAAGCCUUAGCAAUGGGCAAAAUAGUAAUAUGCGCCGUACAACGAGUUCUUCAAGCAGUUUCCCAACUGCCGGACGUACGACAGUGGCACUGGCUUCGUCACCGCCACUCUCCGGGCACUGACCGAGCAGCCCGCCCCGUUGACCGAUGAUGACCAAAGGCACGAACCGUCACUCCUGGGGGGCAAUUGUGAGCAUAAUUGAUUUAAUAGGGUCACGUCCUCCUCCUGGGGGCAAUUGUGACCAAACACACAUAAUUGUGACCAAAGGAAUCUAUCUAUCAAUCUUUUUUACAUUUUUCGAGUCUUCAUGCUAGAGUGGAAAUUAUUUAAUAGAAUGAGCAAAAAUCCACAUUUUCUUCCCAUUUUUUGUUUCCACCCACUUCUUCUUCCAAUACUCAUCUCUAUUUUCUUGGCCUAACAUUUGAGUACAUUGAGGUAUUUCU